UUCAUUCUUGCGCAUGUUGAUAAUUUGUUUUUGGAAAUAAAGUAUGAUAUCGAGAAAGUGUGUGAUAAUCUUAAUUAUGAUGCUGGGGAUCGUAUACCAAACAUUUGGAACAACUGAAGAUUCUUAUAGAAAUCUGUUGGCAUUAAACUUUCCAUAUGACAGAGGAGUGAAUAACGACCUACAAAGGAUUGCAAAACUAUUACUAUUGCCACCAUGUCUUUGUCAUUCUAAACGUAAUUCUGAACUCAUAAACUCACUUCUAGGUCUACCGAAAAAUAUGAACAAUGCUGGAAAGUAGAAUUGUUAAAAUUC